AAAACGGAAGAGGGACUAGUCGAAACCAUUCACCAAUUCUAUCCUCUCCCAUUCUCUCUGAUCCAUUAGGUGAAAUAUCCUCAACGUGAACCACGUGAUCUUCACGUACAAGCUGUCGCUGAAUGAAUCUCGGUUGGCUUAGAAAAGUUGCGCGUGCAAACCAACAUCGAUCAACGUGUGCUGUGCGUAAACGUCAAAAUAGUGUGUGAGCCUUUUGUUUUUUUUUUUUGUAAUGCGAUAAGAAGAAGAUGACAGCUCUCUAUUGGUCGAUAUAUUGAUUAUUGGUUAUAUUGCAAUGUGGAAAUUAUCGGAAAAAUUAUGGCAAGAAAAGGAUGUUGCUCGACUACUUGCCUGAAGAAUAUCCUGAAUUUUUUCAAUUUAAUAUUCUUGUUUGUCGCUUUGGGAGUCUUGGCUGUCACAAUAUGGAAUCUUGGCAACCAAUCUGAGCUGAUCGACCUCCUAACAUCACCUACCUACUCCAUCCUGAUAGAUUUCUUGAUGGUAGCUGGUGCGAUUCUGCUGGUCGUUUCUUUCCUGGGUUGCUACGGGGUGAUCAAAGAAAACAGGAAAUUCCUCCUACUGUACGUAUUUGUGCUUCUCUUCAUUGUUCUGAUGGAACUUAUGGUGGCCUUUCUUGGGUACAUAUACAAGGAGAACGUCGACGAGGAAUUGAAGGUGAAUUUGAACAGAACGAUGUUGGACAAUUUUGGAAUCGACGACUCCAAAACUCGUGCGAUAGACGUUAUGCAGAGAAGGUUUUCUUGCUGCGGUGCAGUGCAAUUCGAAGAUUGGCAGUACUCCAUCUGGAGAACGUCAAAUAUGACGAAAAAUCUGGUCCCAGAUUCUUGCUGCAAAACAAUCACUACCGGAUGUGGAGUUAGGGAUCAUCCUUCGAAUAUAAAUUACGAUGGUUGCUUGGAUAAGAUGGAAGAAGAGAUGAAGAAUGGCUUGAUAACGAUGAUUCUCUUAGGUUUAGGCGUAGGUUUAACUCAAAUAAUAGGAAUAAUUUUAGGCAUUCAAUUGUAUUUGAAUUUGAAAGAAGAAAUCGACAUAAACGAACUUAGGAGAAUUUUACACAAUACGUGAUUCAGUCUCAACUCAUUUCCACUCCAAUUGUGAAAACUUUUUUUAAUUGUUGUGUACUUAAUGUAAUUUCGGAAGAUAUUGUUGACUACCUAUCGUGAAAAUGUUUUUUGUAUAUUUUUAUCUAUAUCAGAUGAUUUCGAAAGUGUUACCAUGAACUUAAAUGCAUUUGAACAUGAAUAUCGAACAUCUGGAUUUGUUCUUUUAUAUUCAUCUUCCAGAAUAAGAAAUGAUUAAUUGAAAGUUGGAACUCGUGCAUAUUCCAGAAAUGCAAGGAAUAAUUUACUUUUUACUGUUUGCUGAAUUUCAAGAAUCAUUUACCUUUCAAAAGACAUGAUAAUCCAGUUUAUCAUGAUCAUAUUUUUGAUUGAUUUAUACUAAAUUGCAUUCAAUUAUUGAUGUAUUCAGAGUAAACUUAAAAUAUAUUGUAUAUAUUUACCUAUUUUAAGAUUGAAUCUAACCAUGCCAGUCUCAAACAAGUGAUAUUAAAUGUAUUAUUUAUUUAUUCUCCUCCUUUUACUAGUCAACUAAAUAAAUUGUGAGUAUAAUAAAAAGUUCAAUAAAACUUUUCAAACUCAA